AUGGCAGACGAAGCUCACAUGUCGCAAUCCUACCUCUCGUCCUCGAGUUCAUCGCCCAUGUCCAACAAGCAGAUAUCACAGGUGUACAAGCAAGCAUCUCAGCUGUUUCUCACACGCAGACUUCAGGAGUCUCUCUCACUACUCGAGCCUAUCAUCACACCGUCACCCGGCCAGGAAAGUGAACAGCAGAACGGAGAGGGCGACUCUCCAGCACCACCACUCGCACCUAUUGCGACAGCCUCAAGCAAUCUAAAGAUCAAGAUAUGGAAUCUAUAUAUCACAAUACUAAGCGCUAUAGUCGAUCUUGGACCUGAAGAAGGGAGGGCACAGCUCGGUCAGAAGGAAUGGAAAGCUAUCGCUACCACGGUCAGAGAAGGCAAGGUUUGGGAUACCGUUGUAAACAUGGGCUACCAUGGAAGAGAAGGGUCUGUAGAUGGAGAUAUCGUCUACAACCUAGCUACCCUUCUCUUGAACCAUUCAGCUUCCCAAAAACUGAACCAAGAACGGCUUGAGACCUACUUAUCUUCCUAUGGUCAGCCAGAUCUAGAUGUCUCCGCGCACCUGCAGCACCUUUCUUCCGGCAAAAGAAAGCAACGGAUGGCCUCUGCGGCAGGUGCUGAUACGCCCAAAGAUCUAGCAGUGCGCGUCAAGCUCCUGGAGAUGUUCACCUUACACGUUCUUCCUCGAAAUGAUGAAUGGGACUACGCUCGAGAGUUUAUUAAUCUCAGUGAAGCCUUGGACGACGAUAGAAAGGAGACUUUCAUUCAGACCCUAGAUAACUUACUAGAAGAGAAAGAAAAAGGAGCGCAACGAGCGGCCGAAAUUCAGCAAGAAAAGGAAGAAGAGCUUGAGCGGCAACGAAAACAAAGAGAAGAUGAAGAAAGACAAAGCGCUGAAGAAGAGAAGAGGAAACAGGAGCGAGAACAGAAACAAAAGCAACAACAGGAGUCACUGGGAGGAAAGUCAACCGGCAAUCACAGACGAUCGAGUAGUGAAAUCGACUACGGGAUCGAGAAAUCAAAUCCAAACUCACCUAUGAAAAAUCGAGUCGUUAAACCGGCACUAAAGAAGACUCUUUCUUCAGAGCCAUCGCCAGCCAAGCAAACGAAAAAGAGCACAACUGGGAAAUCGCAACCCCUUGUGCUUGCGCGUAUGCGAAUAUUGGCAAAUUUACUGAUUACCUUUAUGAAGAACCUAGCUCGGUCACUAGUCUCGAAUCCGCUAUCAUACUUAAAAUCGCUUCUUGUUGUUUUAGGCGUUCUCAUGGCGUUAGGGAGGCCGGAUGUCCGCAACCGCAUUCUUCAGGUCACCGGAGCUGGUUGGCAGAAGGUCAGAGGUACAAUUGGGAUGGGAGUCAAGGUCAGCUAUAUAUAA